AUGAAUGGACAGUCGUCUAAAAUGAAAUCUUCUCAAACCACAUCUUUUAUGCCCCGAAUGUCGACCAAUACUGUGGAGAUUCUGGCAAAACAGGCGACUCUAAUCAAAUUGGAUUCAAAUGAUCGAAAUAACAGUAUAAUAAGCAAUCACUCGACAUACUCGGGUGAGUCUGAGCACUGGUCAUGGAGGUCGCUGAAGAAGGAGUUUAAGUCCAAAGAUAUCAGCAAAAUGUUCCUCAAAUAUCAGGCACGACUCCAACACACCUUCUUUAUGAAUAACAAGGAAACAUUUCCCGGAAUUUUUCUCAUAAGAAUAUCAUCGCUAAUAGUAUUCAUAAUAUUCUUUGCAAUCACUUGUUUUGAGGAAAUCUUAUUGCGGCCGAGAAUAUCGAGAACAGUGGCCGGCAUUACAGUGCUGUUGGCGAUGCUGUUUGAGGAAUACGGAUCCACUUUGUUCCCACUCCAAGCCAACCACCAGUCCCUACCUCUGCAGCAAAUUCGGCCCACAUUUUACAUAUUAGUGGCAAACCAUAUAUUAGUGCCCUUCUGUUCGAGAAUAUACUCGUGUUUGGCUACUAUUAUCAUAAUAGCCAUUGAAUUAACCCUAACAUUCAGACAAAGAGUGGACAUGGAGUGUAAAUCGCAGUGUAUUCUCAAGUUUACGAUUGCGGACCUAUUUUUCUACUCAUUUAGUGCUGGAUUUGGAUUUUAUAUGAGUUUUCUUUUGGAAGUUGCGAUUCGAAAGGCAUUCAUAAACCAUAGGUCUUGUAUUGAAUCAACAUUUAAGUUGGAGUUAGAACAGGAACAACAGGAACAGCUCCUCAACUCUUGCUUUCCCCGACAUCUUAUCGAUGACGUCCGCAAUGAUAUCCGGACAACCAUUUCACAGAUUGCAAGACAGGAGUCAAUACCAAUGCGACCCUUCAAUAAACUCUAUGUUAAAAAAUACAAAAAUGUUUCCAUACUAUACGCCGAUAUCGUUAACUCAAUGAUAUUGACGGCAUCUCUCAGUGCCAACGAUUUGGUCGAAACACUUAAUGAACUUUUUGGUCGAUUCGAUGAAAGCGCUGAACGAAACCAUUGCUUAAGAAUUAAACUUUUAGGCGAUUGUUAUUACUGUGUGUCAGGACUUCCAGAUUAUGAUGAAAAUCAUGCCAUAAAUUGUGUUCGUAUGGGACUCGAGAUGAUUAAAAUAAUUCGUACUAUUCGCGAAGUGAGAGAAAUUGAUAUCGACAUGAGAAUUGGUGUGCACUCAGGAAUGGUAUUAUCCGGGAUAAUGGGUCUUCAUAAAUGGCAAUAUGACAUUUGGUCGUUGGACAGUGUGUUGGCCUCAGCUAUGGAGCACAACGGAGUGCCCGGAUAUGUGCACAUCACUCAGACCACACUCGACCUCUUACUUCCAGCAGAUAAAGAAGAUUUUGUGAUAAAAGAAAAAAUAACUGAAGGAGAGAUCGGAUAUUUGAUAUCUAAGAAAGAAGUCAUUUCUCACAACCGAACAAAUUCUGGUUCACCUAAUAGUAAAAGAAAGAGACAAACAGAUUCUCUUAAGGCACAGAUCAAUAAAUUUAGAAGACGAUCUUUGGUAGAACCGGUGUCUCAUUCCUCACGAAUGCCGACCACUAUUUUGGAGUCGAGUCUGACCAGAUAUAGGGAAAUGAUCAACUCUGUCAAUAGAUUUAUGGACUUUGCCAUUGAGAAGAUGCCGCUCAACAUUAAAAGUCAUUGGUUACGUCCACAAGAUAUACAUCCAUUUUUCCUAUGUUUUACUUCUGGAGUGGUUGGAAACAAGUCACUGUACGAUCAAAAUCAGUCAUCAAUCUAUAACACAGAGAAAGUGUACGCCCAACAGCCAGACCCUUUCUUCAGUCUGUAUCUGUUCUGUGCCGGUGCUCUCUGUAUAACUUUGAUGGCUAUCAAAUGUGCCUAUUCUUGGGAUUAUACAAUGUGUGUGAUUCUGGCGAUGACUGGCGUCAGUCUAUUCAUUAGAAUCCAUUUAUGGCUUAAGUUUUUAAUGCAUUUGUUAGGAGUUAUUAUUUAUGUGGUAUUAUUCUAUAAUAAAUGCUCGAUAUAUCAGAUCGUGAGCUCUGAAGAAGAGAGUCCAUGGAUCAGUACUAUAGGAUUUGAUCCAUUAAUUGGACACAUUUAUUAUGUAGUAAUGGUUGCGGUAUUACUCCAUAUGAUUGACAGACAAAUAGAAUAUAUAUUCCGAUUAGACUUCAAGUGGACGAACAGAUUGAUUGACGAAAAGAUUGAAAUGCAGACAAUCGGAGAGAUAAAUGGCAUAUUGUUGGAGAAUAUCCUACCGGUGCACGUGGCCCAGCGCUACCUCUAUAACAGCUCCAUAUCUGCGGACCAACUCUACCACGAGUCCUAUGACUCGUGUGCCGUUAUGUUUGCAUCGAUUCCUAAUUAUUCGCAAUUCUAUUCAGAAAACUUCAUGAAUGAAGAGGGACUCAAAUGCUUGCAAUUACUCAAUGAAAUCAUAUUAAACUUUGAUCAAAUGCUUUCGCACAGUAACUUCCAAAAGAUUGAGAAAAUCAAGACAAUAGGAAGCACUUAUAUGGCAGCUUCUGGACUACAGCCCGGAAGAGGAUCUAGUGAUAGUGAGAUAAGCUUAGAGGAUGUCCGCGGAAAUGUGAUUGUUUUGGUGCGUUUCGCGACUGCACUCAUGGAAACACUGAAGAAAUUGAAUAAAGACGCGCUUCAGGACUUCAAACUCAGGGUCGGUAUUGCUGUCGGUCCGCUCAUUGCUGGUGUGGUCGGAGCCGUUAAACCUCAGUAUGACAUAUGGGGUGAUACGGACGCGCUUCAGGACUUCAAACUCAGGGUCGGUAUUGCUGUCGGUCCGCUCAUUGCUGGUGUGGUCGGAGCCGUUAAACCUCAGUAUGACAUAUGGGGUGAUACGGUGAACGUGGCCUCACGGAUGGAGAGCACAGGUAUUAUGGGACGCAUUCAAGUGACUCAAGAGGCGGCACACAUAUUGUCUGAAUGUAAAAAUUCAAAUGAAUUUGUAUUAGAAGAGAGGGGACUUGUAUUUGUAAAGGGAAAGGGAGAACUGCAAACAUAUUUGGUCAAGACACAAUUUGAUUUUGAUGAACAUGAGAUAACUAGAGUUUAAAUUUCAUUGUACUGUAUUUAAGUAUCAUAUUAUAAAAUUCUUAAUUAUCAUCAUUUAAAA